GAGUGACAGAGAAUUAAACACUGCAAGAAGAAGAAGAAUCUCACUAUUACUAGUGGAACCUACCACAUGUCCCUUUCUUCCUUCUGCUUCUUCUUCCUCAUCCUUUCUCACUUCCUCCGUGUGAAAAAAAAACCCUGAAACCAAAAUCAUAAUCAUCAUCUUCUUCUUCUUCCCUAUCUAUAAUAAUGUCAUCGUCUCCGUCAAACAACAGCAUCCCUUCCGUCCAAUUUCCACCGGACCCGGUGUUUCCUUUCACCAAUCCAAACACAACAACAACUCCGUCUCAGCCCUCCAUCAUCGGACCUUUUUCGCCUCCUCCUUUAACGAUUGAGUCAUCAGACGACAGAAGAUUGGGAAGAGCAGCAUUAAUUAUACUAAUCACUGGAGUAGUUUUAGGAGCUACGCUUGUUCUAAUCGGAGUUUGUAUCUUCGUUUGUUUCUAUAAAAUAAAGAAGAAGAAGAAGAAGAAGAUGAGAAGAGAUGCUGAAGUUGCCAUUAAUGGAGGAGACUCACUAGAUCCCAAAGGUAAUAAUAACCUUCAGCAAUGUAACCAACAAAGUAGUUCAUCAGAGAUUGGACAAAACUUGUUUACAUAUGAAGAUUUGUCUAGAGCAACUAGUGAUUUCUCCGACAGUAACCUGAUUGGACAAGGUGGGUUUGGUUAUGUUCACAGAGGAGUUCUUAUUGAUGGAACUGAGGUUGCUAUUAAGCAGCUUAAAGCUGGGAGUGGACAAGGCGAACGCGAGUUUCAAGCUGAGAUACAGACAAUUAGCAGAGUUCAUCACAGGCAUCUUGUUUCUCUUCUUGGUUAUUGUAUAACUGGUUCUCAAAGACUGCUUGUUUAUGAGUUUGUGCCUAACAAGACUCUUGAGUUUCAUUUGCACGAGAAAGGGAGACCUGUAAUGGAGUGGACAAAGAGGAUGAAGAUUGCUUUGGGUGCAGCUAAAGGAUUGUCAUACUUACAUGAAGACUGUAAACCUAAAACAAUACACCGGGAUGUGAAGGCUGCAAAUAUUCUAAUUGACCAUAGCUACGAGGCAAAGUUAGCAGAUUUUGGACUCGCCAGGUCUUCUUUAGACACUGAUACUCAUGUUUCUACUCGGAUUAUGGGAACAUUUGGUUACUUGGCUCCUGAAUAUGCUUCUUCAGGGAAACUCACUGAUAAAUCAGAUGUUUUCUCGUUUGGAGUAGUGCUUCUCGAACUGAUAACCGGUCGUCGACCUGUUGAUAACUCGCAGCCUUUUGCAGAUGAUGAUUGCAUUGUUGAUUGGGCAAAACCUUUGAUGAUACAAGCUCUAAAUGAUGGUAGCUUUGACGGUCUUGUUGACCCGAGAUUAGAGGAUAAGUUUGAUAUCAGCGAAAUGACGAGAAUGGUUGCUUGCGCUGCUGCUAGUGUCCGGCAUUCAGCAAAACGCCGCCCUAAAAUGAGCCAGAUAGUUCGAGCAUUUGAAGGAAACAUAUCUUUAGAUGACCUAACGGAAGGAUCUGCUCCAGGACACAGCACUAUUUACAGCUUAGAUGGGAGCUCGGAUUACAGCUCAACACAGUACAAAGAAGACUUGAAGAAAUUCAAGAAAAUGGCAUAUGAAAGCCAGACUUUUGGUAGUAGUGAAUGCAGCGGUUUGACUAGCGACAACGGUCAGAACCCAUCAGGGUCCUCUAGCAUCACCGAAGGCAACCGUACAACGCAAGAGAUCGAACCGGAGAAGAAAGCGAACGAGAUACUAUAACUUAGAAACAGAGGAAUUCUUCUUGGGUUAUAUGUAGACUACUAAAGUCUAAAAAUAGUAAAGUGAUUAAGCAUUUUGGGAGUUAGGUUUAUUUAGGUGUAAACACAUUUAUUAUUCAUAACACGCGCUUUCACUUUUAAUUCAUGUGUGGCUCUAAUCAAAACUGUCUGAUUUUGCACGUGAUUUGUUGGAGAUUUUUUGUUAGUAUGGAUGUGAAGAUAUUAUUUAAGAUUCUUUAUUAUUUUUGGCCUUGAUA